CGGCCGAGGCCGGGCGCGGGAGGCGGCGGCGGCGGCGGCCCCCGGAGCGGCCGAUCGGCGGCGGGACAAAGGCGCGGCCGCCCGGCGCCCCGAGCCCCCCGAGCCGCCCGAGCCGGGGCGCAGCGUGCGCCCCCCGCCGCGACUGACAUGAUGUUUCCACAAAGCAGGCAUUCGGGCUCGUCGCACUUACCCCAGCAGCUCAAAUUCACCACCUCGGACUCCUGCGACCGCAUCAAAGACGAGUUCCAGCUGCUGCAGGCCCAGUACCACAGUCUGAAGUUGGAAUGUGACAAGCUGGCCAGCGAGAAGUCGGAGAUGCAGCGUCACUACGUGAUGUACUACGAGAUGUCUUACGGCUUGAACAUUGAGAUGCAUAAACAGGCUGAAAUCGUGAAGAGACUGAACGGAAUCUGUGCCCAGGUUCUCCCGUACCUGUCCCAGGAGCACCAGCAGCAGGUGUUGGGAGCCAUCGAGAGAGCCAAGCAGGUGACCGCCCCCGAGCUGAAUUCCAUCAUUCGGCAGCAGCUUCAAGCCCACCAGCUCUCGCAGCUGCAGGCGCUGGCGCUGCCCCUGACCCCGCUGCCCGUGGGCCUGCAGCCGCCCUCGCUGCCGGCCGUGAGCGCGGGCACCGGGCUGCUGUCGCUGUCGGCACUGGGCUCGCAGGCGCACCUGUCCAAGGAGGACAAGAACGGCCACGACGGGGACACGCACCAGGAGGACGACUGCGAGAAGUCCGACUAGGCCGGCGGCUGGGAGGGGGG